GGCAGUAAAACUGUAGAUUCGCUUUUUGCAUUUUUUUCCGUUUCUUUUUUCUUUCUCGAUAUACACUAUGGAUCAAGAAACAGCUAACCAGUUAUAUGACGUGGGAGGCAAGCUUUUAUUUCUUAAUGCUCCAGAGAGACUUGAAUUUGGUAUUGACUACAAUGCUUGGACUAUUGGACCAUUAUUCAAAGGCGUCAAACUUAUUCCUCCAGGCUUACAUUUUAUUUACUUUUCAACAACAAGUAAGGAAGGUAUCCAAGGUAUUAGAACAGGAUUCUUUAAAUAUUUUGAUACGGGUGAAAUUGUUGUACGAGAAUGGAAUCCAAAGAUCGAGGACUUGUAUGGUGAGUCUGAACUAGAUCCUUCUCAAGUAGAACGAUAUAUCAUCAAUAUUAGGGACUUUGAUCGAAAUAUGGGACCAUAUCCACUCGAUCCUCCAACAUAUUAUCAACGAUGGCAACAUUUAACAAAUCAUAUUACACCUGGACUUGUGAAGCGAAUUUUACCCAACAAUGGACGCGUAUCUCAUUUACCAGCAGUGACACCUGCCGUUGAAAAUGAAGAACCAGAAGCAUCAACGACAUCAGCAGCAGCAACAGCAGCAGCAGCAACACCAACCACUACAAUCAGAGACAGACGUAAAGGUCAAGGAAUAGAAAAGGAAGAAGGUAUGGAAUUUACACCAUUUGAUUUGCGACAAUCCUUCCCAUCAGGAGCAACUGGUGAUCAAGUGACAAAGUGGAGUUUGGACAAAUCAUGGUUAGUCAAGGAUUUAUUGCAAAGGGUAUAUCGUGGUGAUCAUCGACUCUUGUUGGGUGAAAUGCAAUUGGCCUUUGUUUGUUUAUUAAUGGCUCAAAAUUUCUCUGGGUUUCAACAAUGGAAGCAAAUCGUACAUUUAUUGUGUUCUUGUCAUGAAAUGGUACAUGAUCAUCCUACUCUUUUUGUGGAUUUUUUAGAUACACUACAACAACAAUUGGAAGAAUGCCCAGUGGAUUUUUUCCGUGAUAUUUUAUCUGAAAAUAACUUUAUCGCUUCUAUGCUCAAGAACUUGCGUGAUGUCAUCCCACCAUCCAGUACCGCCCUUUAUACGAAAUUCAACAAAAUGAAACAAUUCUUAUCCACGAGAUUCCAAUGGGAACUGCCGGAUCAAGCUGAUGAAGAUGAAGAAGAAGAGGAUGAUGAUGCACCUGUUGUGGUAGAUUUAGAAAAUCCCUAUUAAUUAGUUGUAUAUAGCAUUAUUUUAAU